AUGAACACUGAGUUUACUGAACAACCUAGGGCAGGCGUCUUGCUCAUUCGAGUGUGUGAAGCAAGAGGCAUUACGCUGCCGCAAGGUGCACAGGUACCGAAUACAGGUCCUCUACCUGUUCUCCAACGUAGUAAAAGAGAAUCAUUUCAUAGAAAGCAAAAUUGGUGGCUACCCUAUGUUGUAUUGGAAUUUGAUAAAAAUGAAGUAUUGAUUGAUGCUCUUGGUGGUGACACAUCGAAUCCUGUAUACAACUACAGAGCCAAUUUUGAUGUCUCUUGUCAAUCCCUUGUUGCCAUAUCCAUCUACUUGCGACAACCACCAAAUCAAGAAACUGGAGGCGUACCUGCUGCCAGAACCGCCAACGAUCAUUUCUUGGGCACAGUCAAAUUUCAGCCCAAUUUCACAUCCACAGCCUUAGAAGAUCAAGUCUACAACAUUAUGGGAGGCACAGGAGCCAUGUUUGUUCAGUCAUGCUACACGCCUCACCAACAAACGACCAGCAUCUCAUUCCAAUCUUUUGAUCUGUUACGAGUGAUUGGACGAGGCAGCUUUGGAAAAGUGUACGUGGUGCGCAAAAAGGACACAAAUCGUAUCUACGCCAUGAAGGUUUUGCGAAAGUCUCGUAUCAUCUCACGCUCUGAAGUGACGCAUACAAUGGCAGAGAAGACGGUGCUGGCUCAAGUGAGAAAUCCGUUCAUUGUACCACUCAAGUUUGCAUUUCAGAGUCCCGACAAACUGUAUUUGGUAUUGGCGUUCAUUAAUGGUGGAGAGCUAUUUCAUCAUUUGCAAGUAGAAGGGAGGUUUCAUGAAGAAAGAGCAAGAUUCUAUACAGCGGAAUUGUUUUGUGCCUUGGAGUGCUUGCAUGGAUUCAAUGUGGUGUACCGAGACCUUAAACCAGAGAAUAUCCUGAUCGAUUAUAACGGUCAUAUUGCAUUGUGUGAUUUCGGUUUAUGUAAAUUAAACAUGACUGAUUCUGAACGAACAAAUACUUUUUGUGGAACACCAGAGUAUUUAGCACCAGAGCUGUUGUUAGGUCAAGGUUAUACCAAGAACGUCGACUGGUGGACAUUGGGUGUGCUAUUGUAUGAAAUGUUGACAGGAUUACCACCAUUCUACCACGAAAACACCGAUGAAAUGUACAGAAAGAUCCUCCGAGACCCACUUAUCUUUCCAGAUGACAUGUCAGAUGAAGCAUCCAGUUUCCUAACAGGCUUAUUGACUCGAGACCCAAACCAGCGUUUAGGAAAUCGAGGUACAGAUGAAAUUAGGCAUCAUCCGUUUUUUAGAUCCAUUGAUUGGACAAAGUUAAUGAGGAAACAAUUACAAGCACCAUUCAAGCCAUCUGUGGAGAACAUGUAUGACACCACCAAUUUUGACGAUGAAUUUACUUCAGAGCAACCUGUUGAAUCAGUCGCCGCUGAAGAAGAUUCUCAGAUAUCCAAGACGAUGCAAGAGCAGUUUAAAGGGUUCACUUACAAUCCAGAUGGCGCAAUGACUGAUAGUUACAAUAACCAUCAACAAGGCUCCAAUUUGUCCAUGUCACAGCAGCAACAACAAGCAUCACAAUUCUCGAGAUGGCAAUAA